AUGAAGAUGAAGAAACUUAACACUCUGUUCUUGAUCUUUAUGCUUCUAACGUUUGUUCAAUGCUCUAGUUCAACUCGUAUUUAUCGAACAAAAAUGGAAGGAGCUAGACGACACAUAGCAACAAGCAUUAAGGUUGCAAUUGCAAGGUUUAAGAAAGAAGGUGUUUCUGUUGGCACAUUUGAAGACUCUGCAAGAAAAGUUCCAACAGGACCUGACCCUCUUCAUCACAACAACCACCCUUUACAACCUUAA